GGGGAGCGGGGAGCGGGGCUGCGGCCAUGGCGGCCAACGAGGACCAGGAGAUGGAGCUGGAGGCGCUGCGCUCCAUCUACGAGGGAGACCUGUGCUUCAGGGAGCUCAGCCCCGUGUCCUUCCAGUACAGGAUAGGUGAAAGUGGUGAUCCCAAAGCUUUUCUAAUAGAAGUUUCUUGGCCAGAAACAUAUCCACAAACAGCACCAGUCAUAUCAAUGGAUGCUUUCUUCAACAACACAAUAUCUGCAGCUAUUAAGCGCAGUAUACUGGAGAAGUUAAUGGUAGAAGUUGAAGCGAAUCUUGGAACUGCUAUGACAUACACACUUUUUGAAUAUGCCAAAGACAAUAAAGAGGUGUUCAUGGAAAAUCAGCCUGUUAACACUGUGACUUCAGUAAGCAAUAGUAUUGCAACUGGAACUCCUGAUGUGCCUGCAAGUAAGAAAAAAGAGAAAAAGGAGCAGUUAUCCAAAACCCAGAAGCGAAAGCUAGCUGAUAAAACAGAUAACAAAGGGGAGCUUCCACGAGGAUGGAACUGGGUGGACGUAAUUAAGCAUGUAAGUAUUUUCAAGUUAUCUUUUUUUACUGUAAGUGAAGAAAGAGUAAGAACAGUUGCUUAUUUUGGGUUCUAAGUUACAUAUUUCUCAAAUGCUUUGAGCAACUUUGGUUGCUCUUUGACCUUGGUUGUUUUAGCAUUUAUUUAUUGAGCAGCUAAAUUUUAGUUUUGUGAUGAGAGGGCUUUGCUGACCAAAUGUACUGAAAGUAUUCUGUCUUCAUACGACAACACGAUUGAAAACAAAAUUAGUGCUGCUGUUAGGUUCUGGAGAGCAGUGGAUAGGUAAGCAGAAAAAGGGAGCUGUGUCAAGUGGGAGCAACUCACAGUCUCCUACAAGCCUGAUUCUCUGCUACAACUACUCCAGUGGAUAAUUAUUUUCUAUGUACUCCCUCAGCAUUGAAUUUUUCCACCCUCUUGUGUUUGCUGAUCCAGUGAAAAUCACUGAUUGACGCUUUUGAAAGCAAACUCUUUUAUUUUACACAACUCUGAGUAAUUUCAGUGUAAUUUUCAGUAAUUUUCAGUUCUAGUUGUUAAAUAAGAGCAAGUAAAUGAUGAGGGUGGUUUUGGGCAGAGUCUUUCUGAGUUAUAAGUGGCUAUUUCUAGUGGAUAUUUUGGAUUCCAGAUAGAUUUCAUAACAGGUGUCCUACAUUUAAUAAUUAUGAAUUUAGCUUUAAAAAGUGAGAAAUAUGAAGUUAAUGUCUGUUUUUAUAUUGUUUAAAUUUCUAUAUGGGAAUUCUCCCAGACAUGUGUAAAAAUAAUGUUCCAUUACUUCAUCUUUUUUAUUUUGGAGAGCUGGAUGGAGCCUUCAAAUUAAAUAGAAACAGUACCCUGAGGUUUUUGCGGGGUUUGUUGCUGGGUUGUUUUUUUUUUUUAAUUUAACUUUCAUGUUCAGGAAGUAAGUUCAUUUAGUGUUUAAAUUUAAGAACUAAUUUUGAUGCUUUUCAGUCUCUUGGUACAGUAGCACAGUCUAUAUUGUUAAUUAAGUAUACAUGUGUUCAAUGUGAGAUGGAGAUAAUGUUGUUCUUGUUUCCUAAUAAAUGGAAUGGCAGUCUAAACUUUGAAUACUUUCUUUUUGUGUCUCUUUUAUAGUUAAGCAAAACUGGUUCUAAAGAUGAUGAAUAAAGGACUUUGGUACAAGGAAACUCCACCUUUUAAUACAGUGCAAUUUUGGGUCACCAUCUCUCUCUUAAUAACUUUUGUAUUUGCUGAAGUAAACAUUUUAUAAAGCUCAAUUUCCUAACUUGUAAAUCUAGUCACACAAGUUUAUCUAGAGACUAUGUGGUCUUCUUUGGAAAAAAAAAACAAACAACAAACUUGCCUUAAAUGAAGGUUAGAUUGUGACCAAGGAUAUAGAGAGCCAGUGUGGUGAAGUGAAUAGUGCUGCAGUGUUUUUUAAUUUAUAUUUUAGUCUGUAGUAAAAUCCUGUUAUAGUGAACCCAAUGAUACUGUAUGAUACAUUUCCUAAUGUUCUUAUUCCAACUGAAGAAAAAAGCACUAUAACAGUGAUUGGUCACCUGACAGCUUAAUUCAUCAAAAUAAAUUAUUCCAUGGAAAUAAUACCUUUGUCAUUUUUUAUCUAAUAUGAACAUAGAAGGAGAACAUAAAAAGUGUUACAUUGCAAAACAGAUUAAAGCUUGUGGUCCCAUUUCACUAGCUAAAAUUGCAAAUACUAGUGAAAGCAAGGCCAGAUAUUCUAGUCUGCUCAAAAAUGAGUGGUUAUAGCAGAAGUGUGUCUUCUUUACUCUCGCAAUAUCCCAUCUGUUGGUCUUUCUCCAGAGUGCAUCUUUACAGAUGGCUGGAUGUCUGAGGGGCAGGAAAAGAGCUUUCUUGCAGUGUCUCAAUAAGUGUUGGGAUUUUGUAGCUCUUUCACUGGAGAAAUGGGCAUUCUUUAGAGGGGUUUGCUGACUGAGUGGUGGGACAGUGGAUUUGUCAAACAUAUCAGGAGAACUCUUAUUUGGGUGAGCUCUUUUUUUCUUUUUUUUUCCCCUAAUCUGCCUCCCUUGUAUGAGAAGUCAUCUUUACUAUAUAAACUGUUAUUGAAUACAAGAUGCCUUAAUGUUCUUUAUUAUUUUUGUUUGUUUUGAGGUGAACUUUAAUAAAUGCCUAUUUAUCUGCUGUGG